UCACUCGGGGUCAAGCCGCGGAUUAAAAAUUUACUAAGAAACAAAAUCCUCGACAAAAUCACCAUGUUCACUUUGCUCAGAGGUCUCUGGAAGUACUUCUUUAGAAAAGAUGAAUAUUAUGUUCUCAUACUUGGAUUAGAUAAUGCUGGGAAAACGACUUUCCUGGAGCAAACAAAGAGUUUGUUUAUCAACAACUAUGAUGGAAUGCCUCUCAACAAGAUAACGAGCACUGUCGGACUAAACGUUGCGAGGAUUGAGCAAGGCUCCACUAGACUGAUAUUCUGGGACCUCGGUGGACAAGAGGACCUUCAGAGCCUUUGGGAUAAGUACUAUGCCGAGUGUCAGGGGGUCAUCUACGUCGUGGAUUCUUCUGACCCUGAGAACCUGGCCAUGUCAUCGCAGACCUUCAGGAAGGUUAUUCUGCACCCUGACCUCGAGGGGGCACCACUGCUCAUACUGGCUAACAAGCAAGACAGACAGGAUGCCCUCCCCCUGACUGAAGUGGAGAGUGCCUUCAACACCGGAGUGGAGUCCAUAGGGGAUAGGGACUGUAAGAUACAGAGGGUGUCUGCACUCAAAGGAGAGGGUGUGACUGAAGGUAUCGAGUGGUUGACUCAGAGAGUGCAGCAGUCAAGAAGAGCUCAAAUGAAAAGCAACAGUCAAUAAUCAGACACUCUUAUCAUUUUAAUUUUGUUUUAUGUUCGCAUGCUAAUCACAUAAUUAUUGUAACAUGUAUACAGUUUUGCUUGCACAAUGGAAAA